AUGUCUGGGCGCGGAAAAGGAGGCAAGGCAAAGGGCAAGAGCAAGACCCGUUCCAGCCGCGCGGGGCUCCAGUUUCCCGUGGGAAGGAUCCACCGACUACUGCGAAAGGGCAACUACGCGGAGCGAGUAGGUGCCGGUGCCCCCGUCUACUUGGCGGCCGUACUCGAGUACCUGGCUGCCGAAGUGCUCGAGCUGGCAGGAAACGCGGCCAGGGACAACAAGAAAACUAGGAUCAUCCCUCGACACCUGCAGCUGGCCAUUCGCAACGACGAAGAGCUCAACAAGCUGCUGUCCGGCGUUACCAUCGCGCAAGGAGGUGUCCUGCCCAACAUCCAGGCCGUCCUCCUUCCCAAGAAGACCGAGAAGAAGGCCUAA